UUGUAAUGCAAGUGUUUAUUAGUCUUUGGAAAAAAAUGUGCAAGUAGUCCCAUAAUAAAAAAGAAAAUUUGCUUUAUAAAAUGCACAUAUUCUGCCUAUAAACACAUAAACCUCAACUUCAAUGUAACCUAGAGUAUAGAGUUUCCAUUCAAAUCUUAUUUAUUUCUAGACCCCAUGUAGAGAAAAUAUCAUCUAGGCCUAUAGGACAUUGGUGUGUCCACACUCCACAGCCUAAAGAAUAUGAGAGUGGUAGCACCAUGGGCAGCUGCCUCCUUAACAAGAUAUAUAAUCAACAGGCUCUUAACUUUCAAUGGAAUUAUAGAUUCUGAAAAAUAUGAAUACCUUGUUUAUCUGAAAAAGACUGCUUUGAGGAGCAUAUAAAGGAGUUGUGACAAUCCCUUACACUAAUUCAAACACAUAAUUACAGUUGACCAUUGACUUAUGAAUAGAUAAUAUAUCAGAUAAAUAUGAUUAAAUUUACCAAUUAAAAGUUACAAAUUAUGAAAACAAAGAUUGUAUUUAUUGAAAAAAUCCUCUAUUUCAAGCUUAAAGUAAUGAUUUUUUUUUACUGUCUUUUUAAAUUAUUAUUAGUAACUAUGAGCUCUAAUGUAACUGUAUAAGAUGUAGAAAAAGUAUUUUCUUUAUUUCCAAAUGUAACAGAAUUUAAAACCACAUUAUGUGAGAUAAAUAUUUUAUGAUUCCAAACUAAAAAUUAUAAAAGUAGCUAAUGUUAUGAACGUAGCCAAUAAAUUGAAGACUAUAAUUCUAAUGGCUAAUGCACAUUGCCUCUUGGCAUUAUUACGAUUAACAUCAUCGAUUACCACAGCUUCAAAUAAACAAUGUUUUGACAGCCUCAAAUAAAUUGAAAAAUAAUUUAAGAACAACUAUGAGUAAUUCCAGCCAACAACAUUUUGUUACCUAUGUACAGGGCCGUAUUACCGCUUAGGCUGUGUAGGCUACAGCCUAGGGCGGCAAUUUUUUUUUUUGGUGUGACCCAAAAACUACGUAGAGAUAUUAGUAAAAUAUCAAUACCUAUGUAAAUUAAGCGGUAAAUUUAUUUCAGCCUAUGGGCGGCAAAAACCUUAAUCCGGCCCUGCCUAUGUAUUAAAUAUACAGAACACGAAACGACACAAUGAAUUGUGAACCUCCCUGUACAGUCUUCCCUAGAACAGGUAGAAAAUCAUCUAGCAUCUAGUAUUAUUUUGUAUAUAAACCACACUUUUUAAAUGUCUAGAACUUUCAAAAUAAACAAACCAACAUAUUUUACAACCUUUAUUUUUUUUUAGUAGUAUCUAAGGUAUACAAUCUAUUGAGAUAAGUACUUAAAUGUAAAUAUGUAAUUAAGAAAAAAGAAAAAAUGACACUUCCAUAGGUAUUUUAGAAAUUACAAAUGUUCUAUUAUAAAAGAUCAUCUAUCCGUAAUUCAGAAGUUUUAUUUUAUUUUUAUACAACAAAUGAACAACACAAAAUUGGUUUAGCUUUUCUAAGCUUGUAAGACGGAGAAGCACAUCCAGGUGUGAAGUCCCCUUAACAAUCAAUUUCCAUAAAUAUAAAGUAAUUUUUAAUUGUCUUUUUUAAUGAAUUUGCUCAGUAUUUUUUUUUUUUAAACCAUCAACAUUUGAGCUAAAGUUAUUUUAUAAUAGGAUAUAUAAUGUACCGAAGUGGUCUGGAAUAUAAAGUGAUAAAAACAUAUUAUUUUAAUAUUUAUUAUACUAUAUUACUAUUUAUUAUACUAAAACCAACCAACAUGAUAAAUGAAAGGAAGGGAUAGAGACAUAUUAAUUUAAUCUGAUUUAUCAGGGCCAUAUUAAUAUGGAUUAUUAUAUUUACAUACUAUAUAAAAGGGGUUCAUUCAGUGUUUUUUUUUCAGGAGACGCAAUGCAAUAGCAGUAAUCCCUAGACUAAUUAAAGUAAUAAUUACUGUAUAAUAUAAUGGAUUUGUAUAAAGAUAUAGUUUUUGAAGUAUUAUUAGUUUCAAUAAUUGGGUUAUUGGUCUUGGUCACAUCGUCUCUUAAACCUAUUUCUAAAGGAUUUUUUUGUGAUGACGAGACAAUUAAAUAUCCAUACAAGACAUCAACUGUUGGGAAAUCAUUCUUAUGUCUAUUUUAUCUUCUCCUACCAAAUGUUUCGAUAACUCUUAAGUAUUUCUGGACCAUGCAUAAAACCAUAAAAAGCCUAUACAUAAACAUAAUUUAUUUCUGGUUGGGUUCUGGAUUAGCCCAAAUAACAGUAAAUCUGGCAAAAUAUUAUACUGGACGUUUAAGACCUCACUUUUUUCAUGUGUGUCAACCAAGUAUUGAUUGUACAUCACAAAAUCAAUAUAUUUCAGAAUAUACAUGCACAAAUCCAGAAGUAUCUAUAGCAAAUGAUUCAAGGGCAUCUUUUCCAUCGGGCCAUGCAUGUUUAGCAUUCUAUUCAACAGUAUACACAAUUUUGUACCUACACGAUUAUAAGAAGAGUGUAGCAUGGAUCAUUAUUCAAUUUGCAUUAUUUUUAUCUGCAUGGUAUACAGCUUUAACUAGAGUCACUGAUAACAUGCAUCAUUGUACUGAUGUAUUAGCUGGUUCAAUUAUUGGUACAUCAUUUGCUAUUUUAAUGAUGUAUGAAGUGAAGACACGGAUAUUUCUAGAAAACGUUAAUGCAGACUGACAUGAAAAUAAUUCAAUGUAUUUUUAUUUUAUCAUAUGUUUACAUCAUCAAUGUUAAAUAUUAUUAUUAUGUAUUCUGUCAUUGUCAAGUUGAGCUAGUUGCUUAAGAAAUCCAUCGUUAGGUCGUA